AUGCAGCUGGAGAGGGAGGGGAUCUUUUUGGAGGACACAGCCUGCUUUUACCUGGCAGAGAUUUCCAUGGCCUUGGGUCACCUUCAUCAGAAAGGCAUUAUCUACAGAGAUCUGAAGCCAGAGAACAUCAUGCUCCGUAACAAUGGUCAUGUGAAGUUGACAGACUUUGGACUCUGUAAGGAGUCGAUCCAUGAUGGUACCGUCACACACACCUUCUGUGGAACCAUAGAGUACAUGGCACCAGAAAUCCUCAUGAGAAGCGGCCAUAACCGAGCUGUGGAUUGGUGGAGUCUGGGAGCCCUGAUGUAUGAUAUGCUAACAGGAGCUGCGCCAUUCACUGCAGAGAAUCGAAAAAAAACCAUAGACAAAAUCCUGAAGGGCAAACUGAACCUUCCACCUUACCUCACCCAAGAAGCACGGGACCUUCUGAAAAAGCUGCUGAGAAGAAAUGCAUCAACGAGGAUGGGAGCAGGUCCUAGAGAUGCAUUAGAUGUCCAGGGCCACUCCUUCUUCAGACACAUGAACUGGGAUGAUCUACUGGCUUUUAAAGUUGAACCUCCCUUUAAGCCUUUUUUGCAAUCAGCAGAUGAUGUUAGCCAGUUUGACUCCAAGUUCACUAGUCAGACUCCAGUGGACAGUCCCGACGACUCGACACUCAGCGAAAGCGCCAACCAAGUCUUCCUGGGCUUUACGUACAUAGCUCCAUCUGUGCUCGAAAACAUCAACGAGAAGUUCACUUUUGAGCCAAAAUCCCGUUCACCUCGCAAGCUUCUGGGAAGCCCAAGAACACCAGUGAGCCCUAUGAAGGCUGAAGGGGAAGACGGUUGGUCUCAGGGUCCACCCUUCCCAGAAGUGCCCACAACCACCUCCUCUCUCCUGCCGCCCACUGAUACGCCCAUGGAGGUGUUUAAUGUGGAGCAGAUGGACAUUAGCAGCAACAUGGAGGUGUCAGCCCCUCUCCCCAUCAAAAAAACACUGGGAUCCAACACGGGGCCCUUCAUGAAACCAGCUCACCCAGCGGGCGGCAAGAGACCCAAGAAUCGGAGGAUGAAUCAUUGAUGAACGUCUUUAGUUUUGUACUU